AGGGGGGUUAGACAGAACAGUUGCUGUCGGUGCAGCAGUUUGUGUGUGAGGAUCGGGGAUCGGGGAGCGGCGGCGGCGGAGGGAGUCCGGGGCUGGGACCGGUAGGAGCUGCUGUAAAGAAGCGGUCUGUGCUUGGGAGGAGGAAUUGAGCGAUCCCCGCUGUCCCACCGACCCCCCAGUCUGAGUGCGGCCUGACUGCUACGGUAUCUGCCCCGGCACCUCUCCUAAGUGAAAUAAUAAAGGGAAAGGAUGGGCCGGAUCUUCCUGGAUCACAUCGGGGGCACCCGUCUGUUCUCCUGCGCCAACUGCGAUACCAUCCUGACCAACCGCUCCGAGCUCAUCUCCACCCGCUUUACAGGGGCCACAGGGAGAGCGUUUCUGUUCAACAAGGUGGUGAACCUACAAUACAGCGAAGUCCAGGACCGCGUCAUGCUCACCGGGCGCCACAUGGUCCGAGACGUCAGCUGCAAGAACUGCAACAGCAAACUGGGCUGGAUCUACGAGUUCGCCACGGAGGACAGUCAGCGCUACAAGGAGGGGCGGGUCAUCCUGGAGCGGGCGCUGGUACGCGAGAGCGAGGGCUUCGAGGAGCACGUGCCGUCCGACAACUCCUGAAAUGCCGCCGGCCCCCUUUGCCCCGCCCUCUGCGGGUCCAUUUAGCGCCAACAGCACCCAUUCUCCUCUGUACAUGCAUACACUGUUACCGUAGCCGCAGAGAUGCGCCGCGCCCAACCGACGGCAGCAACACCUGAAAGGGAUCAUUUUGUUACACUUACCCCCCCUCCCUUUAUAUUUGCCCCUUGAGAAAAUCCCCUUUUCAUGGAUCAAACUUCAAAUUAAAGGGGAAGUAAAGGUGUUUAUUUAGAAUUUUUUCCCCAUAGUUUCCUUUUUCUUUGUAGAAGUGACUCCUCCCUCCCAUGAUUCCCUUUCUAUAGCGAAUCUCUGUACAGAAGUCCUAGCGGUUCAGUGUCGGCCCGGCUUGCGUUGGCCGCGGGGGUUUCGUCGGGAGUCAGAUGACUGUUUUUGUUUUUUUUUUUUCGUUUUUCUGGCCCAAAGAGACCGCCGCAUUAAGAUCUCGUGAUGUUUAUAGUGUGUUCAGGUGGUGUGGAUUCAACUUAAAAAAAAAAAAAAGAAAAUGUUAAAAAAAAAAAAUGUUAAAAAAUAUAUAUUUUGAAAUGCCGCAAGAAAAGUGUUUUAUGUAAAAGAUCCAGCGCAUCAUUAGUACAAUAAAGGAAUAAGUUCAGCUAC